AUGAGUGAUAGGCCAAACUCUCCACGCAAACGCCGCACACGCCAUCGUUAUCGGCGCCACACGAAGGCGAUAUCCGUAGCGCCACCACCGCCACCUGGCCUUCCGCUUCCGGCAGGGCACGAGGAGCGAAAAGUGCGCCGAUCGAAGCUCAAUCCAUCUUUCGUGCAGGAAGAGCGCGAAGUGAGGGCUUCCCUGGAAAGGUUCCGUGAUGGGCCUCUAGGACCUGGAGGAAAGCCAGAGUUGCACGAGGUGGAUCGAGAAAUCCUCUUCUUCACCGACACACUACCGGAUGAAGUUUUCUACGAUGCGCAAGACCAUCAUCCUUCGGACGAUCCGCUCACCACAGCUUCGGGAAACCCAAAGAGAUCUCCCCCCCUGAAGUCGCCUUCGUCCAACGGAGAACCGGAAGACACUCCCACCCACCUAGCGUCGUCCUAUUUUCAAACGGAUGAUUCCGCGGUUGUUGUCGUUCCGUGGAAAACGCAAAAGCUUGACCCUCUCGACGAGAACUUGCUGUACUACCAACCAGGACGCGCUUUCUCCGCGUCGAGAACGAUGCUAAAGGAAGUGCGAGUUGAUUCAACCGUCAGCAUCGUUGGAGCAGGUGAGCCCGUGGAUGAGGAAAGAGGUGGCCGCUCCACAACGUUCGUUCCACCGAAUGUGAGUGUGGCCAAUAAGAACCGCCUCAUGAACCGGCUGCUGGAGGAAGAGCGCGAAGAAUGGUUCGAUGCGCGCGGUGAACUGGUCGACUUCCGGCAGUAUGUGGGUACGGAAAGGGUACGAGGUUUCUGCAGCAAGAGCUUCGCCCCGUUCUACAUCGAACCGAUUCCGCUCGCUAAUACGGUAGAACAACUGCCAAUGGAGCGCACGGUGAAGAUUUUGAUCGGAAAGCUGCACUUCGAUGCUUAUCCUACGUUCGGGGACGUUGUGCGGUUGCGAUUGAAGUUGGAACAACUCUACCGCCAGUACUACCGCAUCCGACGGUUAAACCGUACCCAGCUGCUCGAGGGUAAGCUGCAGGAGCUACGCACGCAAGAACAAAACGGUGACGGAGCGGAUGUGGAUGGGUUUCAACUGAAAAUGGCCCGCCGAGAGCUACGAACGCUUUUUUACCAGGAGGUACGCUCGGAACGCACGGUUGCCAAGCAGAUGCUCGAAGUUUGGGACGAACUGAAGGAUCUACAGAAGGAUUGUGGCCUUAAGUUGACUGUUACAAGCCCGGAAACGAAAGAGGACCGUGAUAGCAGUGAGUUGCAGGAACGUUUCACAAUGGAGCUCCAGGAAACGCUCGAAGAAGAGCACGAACUGUACGUACGAGACAAGCAAGAAUACAAGGCGUACCUACGGGAUCUCGAACUGGAUGAGGCGGCCGAUGAGGCUCAGCGAGAACCAAUCGUGAAACCGAAGAAACCCGACCCGGCCCGCCUGAGGCACGAGUUCCAAAGACUGUUUGAUGAAACGUUUCGCUCACCGGAAGCAGUACCCUUCAGCAUCGUGCUUCAGCGGGAUCCAGAAGUGAUUGACCGUGCGCGGCAACGAUCGGCCAAGGAGCUACAAUUUAAAGCGAAACUGUUCAUCGACGGUAACCACGUGGCGUCGACGAAAGCACGCCAUUUUCAGGGUGACGCAUUGGUGGACUUUAACACCUCGUUUGCCAUCAAGCUCACGACCAAGAUACCGGAAAUGGUGGCCGUUCAUCUGUUUGAAAAGAACCGCUUGAAGGUGAAAAGCAAACGGGCGGAAAUCUUUGUGCCACUUCCGAGCCGUAGCGAGCUGUUUGACGACAGUGCGUUUGUGGACUAUCAGUUUUCGUGCGGCAAACCCUACAAACCGCAGACCUACGCCAACGGAAGUAUGGAGCUGAAGGUGGGUUGGCUGGAGCCGGCCGGGUCGGCCUUUCCAAGUCCGAGUCGACGACGCGUUGUGCCGCGUCACGUGGUCCUCUCCAGUGAGCAGGUGCAGCGGUGGGUCGAUGAACAAGCACUCGGCCGAGGCGAACUAGAUGUGCUGAUGAAGGCGCUCGAAUUGCAAGAAACAGGGACACGCAGUGAACCCGCGGUAGAUCGCGACCCUCCAGAAAUGAUGCCAUCUGAAAAACCGGGCCUGUUUCGGUUGAACGAAGAUUUGCUGGCGUUCUGCUCUGAGGACACGAUCGAACGGAACGAACGGUUGCUGCUGCUAACCAAACGGUUCAAUCGCACGCUCAAGUACCGCGAUGCCAAAUUCAUUCCCCAAAGCGAACGGGAACUGGCGGUUGUGAACGACGAGGAGGAAGCGCAGCGCAAAAUUAUUGACGAAACUCUCGGUACCGAUCCGAUCGAUCUGCAGCGCCACCGUGGCAAACGUUACCUCCACCAGGUAUACGAAAUCAUCACCAACCACUGCCGGGUGCUGAAUCAGGACAAGGUGAACAACAAUCUACUGCUCGGUGCUGAUCAGGUACCGACGUUCGGAACGCUUAGUUUGGCGUUCUUGGAAAUAUUUGGACCCCGUCGUCCACUGAAACCAUCACGCAGAUCUCCCGCAAGCCGCACCUCUGUGCGCGUGACCGAUGUGACGCACUACUUUCAGAUCGUCGUCACGAUUGUCCGCGCGUUCGGUAUACCGAUGCGUACCGAGGACAGUCCGUCGGGGCUCGGAGAGGGCCGCCGCCACAGCAACAUGUCCUCUAAUGGGCGAUUGUCUUUUCGGUCCUCGAACGUGCGGCCGUACAUUGCGGUGUCGAUCAAGGAUCGAGUCCUGCGUACAUCGACGGCAGACGGGACGGCUCCCACGUGGAACGAACAGCUGGAACUUCCCCUCGACGUUAGUACCGAUCAAAUCCGAAAACAUCUACACAUCGAUCUGUACGAUGAGUUCAUGGAGAACCUGCUGGAGGACGAUCGGGCGCGACCGACCGAAAUGUAUCAACGCAUUUCGAGUAGGUGGCUGGGACAGCUACGAAUUCCUAUCAGCACCAUCUAUCUCAACCAACGGUUGGAGGGAACGUUUGAAAUCAAAACGCCUCCCAUCUUGUUUGGUUACGACCGACAGCAGCAACCAUCCCCAGGAUACCAAGGUGCGCCGGACAUUCAGGAAAACUAUGGCACAGCGCUUGGCUUGAUCGGUUCCGGUGCGUCUACCAGCCUACCAGAUAUGCGCGAGCUAACGCACGUUUCGUUGUUCAUCAGCCUGGAACCACCAAUCGAACGAACAAUGCUCGAUACGGGCGGGUUGGAGUGUGUCGAGCUCGAUCAAACCAGGACCAGAAUUUCACUCUGGUACGCAGAGUACCGACACGAGUUUCCGGCCCGUGCGAUCGUACCGCCGAUGGUAACGCUGCUCGGUGGCAAGCGUAUUUGUGCCACGCGACUGCUGGGACCGUUACCGAUACCGUUUGCUAUCGAUGAACGGGCGGAAACGAUGAUCCGACGCUACGUGUCGCUUAUUCCUGUGCAUCACAGUGUCGACCCGUGUUCGCAGUUGGGUGGAAUCUGGCUCACGAACAAGGAAAUCUUAACGAUGAUGUGCGCCUCUCCGAAGGACUUGGGCGUACUGCUGGCCUGUUUCUACCUUGGGCUGGGCUACGACGUUUUUUUGGUCCUUGGCAACAGUGUGCUAAUAGGUGAUACCACGUUUGUGCUGUUGCUCGAAGCCGGCGAGUUCUUCAUUGUUGACCCGUACAGUGGCAAAAAGUACAGCAGCACCGAUACGUACUGUCCGCUCGGUCGUAUCUACCUGGUGGUGGGCUCGGGAAACGUUUGGGGUAACAUUCAGAAGGAGAAUCGUGUAUUUUUGUCGCAGCUGGACGUGCGCAAGUCCGGCUACUGGCGGGCGUUGUUUAAUCGGUUCAACGAAGCACCGUCGGGGUGUGUGCAGGAGGCCACGUUCCAGUUCACGGAAGCGCUACCGGCUCGCGACCUUCAGCGCGCGAUUGAGCGAAAACUGAUGAAGAAAAUUGCCUCCUGGCGAUCGCACCGGAAGACCAUAUGGAAUCGGUACGUAAACGAGCAACUACGGAGCACGCUCGUAAGCCUGGACACUUGCCAGGAGACGGGUAGUGACCGGCAUAUGGUCGAAAACUUUGGCCAAAUGUUCGUUUCAUACAAAAUAAACGGAUUUCCAAUUAAUAUGCCUUACACGAACCUGCCGAGCAUUGUGGCGCAGGUGAAAGGAACAGGCAUUCAUCUCAACUCAGAAAACGGCGUCGAGUUCGCGCUCGGUGUCUACAUCAAGGACUAUCCUUGCAAUGUGUACUCGGUUUGGGUAUUUCUCAUGUCGCUCGUGCCGAGAGCGUAG